AUAUAAUAUAUAUAUAUUGUAUGACAAUGGUGGCUGCCAUUUCUGAAACAAGCACAACAAAUAGACCUCCAUUAUUACCUUCUGAAAAAGAUAAUGGAAUUAGUACUAAUCAUAAUAACCCUAACAAAUCAGUAAGUAGACCGAAAUCUAGACAAGUUUCCUCAAGAUAUUUAUCUCCUUCGCCUUCAACUUCAAGUUCAAAUUCACAUUCAAAUUCAAAUUUAAAUUCAAAUUUAUCGAAUAUACCGACACCAACAUCUUCAAGGAGGUUUCCUUCACCCUUAAUUUCAAGAAAUGUGACUACUCCGGCUGCGGUGAAACGGUCUGUUUCUGCAGACAGGAGACGAUCUGCUCGGCCGGAUCUUAACUUAAAACCCAAUAAUGUUGAAGUGUCUGCUGCUACUAAGUUGUUGGUUACAUCAACAAGAAGUUUGUCUGUUUCGUUUCAAGGGGAAACGUUUUCAUUACCUGUUAGUAAGACUAAAGCAACACCGCCAUCUCCAAAUGUGAGAAAAGGUACCCCUGAGAGGAAAAGAUUAGGGACUCCUGUGAGAAGUAAGGUGGAUUGCGGUGUAGGGGAUCAUGGAGAGAAUACGAAACCAGCUGAUCAGCAUAGAUGGCCUGCUAGAACCCGGCAGCCGAAUCAGACUGUUUUGUCUAAAAGUUUGAGUUUGGAUUGUGGGGUUGAGAAAAGUAAUAUGAUUGGAUCGGGGAAUGUGAUUAGAGCUUUACAUCAGUCUAUGAAUUUGGAAGGCAGGAGGUCAUCUAUUGAUGGUGGUAGAUUUAGUCUUGAUUUGGGUAAUUCUGUAAUUCAACAAAAUGUGAAUGGGAAUUUAGUUAAUGAUUCGUCGAUGGGGCAAUCUGAUAUUACUUCUGAUACUGAUAGUGUGUCUUCGGGUAGUACAUCUGGAGUUCAAGAAAGUUUCGGGCUAAACCGUACACAUAGUGGGCCUAGAGGGAUGGUUGGGUCUGCUAAAUUUUGGCAAGAAACGAAUAGUAGGAUGAGGCGGUUGCAGGAUCCUGGUGCACCUUUUUCGACUAGUCCUGGUUCAAAGCUAGUGACACCGUCAAAGAUGGCUUUGGCAAAGAAGUUUUCAAGUGAUAGUCCAUUAUCUUCACCAAGAACUAUGGCUUCACCUAAUAGGAUGAGACCUGCAUCACCAAGUAAGUUUAUGUCAUCAUCAGGUGCAUUUUCACCAUCAAGGGGGAUGAUUAGUCCAAGAAGAAAUUCAGUUGCGGGAACUAUUAGUACUAGUUUUAAUGAGACGCCAUCGGUUCUUAGCUUUGCUGUUGAUGUAAGGAGAGGAAAAGUUGGUGAGAAUCGAAUUAUUGAUGCGCAUUUGUUGAGGCUUUUUUACAAUCGGCAAUUGCAGUGGCGGUUUAUUAAUGCUACAACUGAAGAUACAUUGUUGAAGCAGAGGCAUAGUUCAGAGAAAAAUCUCUGGAAUGCAUGGAUCACAAUCUCCGACUUACGUGACUCAGUCACCAAAAAAAGACACAGGUUGCAGUUGCUGAGGCAAAAACUCAAGUUAGCCACCAUUCUCAAGGAACAGAUUGCUUUUCUCGAAGAUUGGGCUGCUUUGGAUAAAGAUCAUUCUAUAUCUUUGCUUGGAGCAAUUGAAGCUUUAAAAGCUAGCACUCUUCGUCUUCCAGUUGGUGGUGCAAUAGCUGACCUCCAAAGUAUGAAAGAUAUCAUAAGUUCAGCACUUGAUGUGAUGCAGGCUGUGUGUUCGUCAGUAUGCUCGCUCUGUGUAAAGGUGGAGGAAGCAAAUUCAAUUGUCACUGAGCUCUCAAAUUUGUGCGCAAAAGAGCAAACUUUGCUUAGAUUCUGCAAAGGUUUAUUGUCAAUGUUAGCAGCCCUCAAGGUCAAAGAUUGUAGUUUGAGAACCCAUAUGUUACAAACGAAGUGCAUGAAAAAAUCACAUUUGUAGAACUGAUCUAUAUUCAAGAAACUGCUAACAUUACAUCAAGUGAAAAUUGGAAAUUCCGGAAGUAAUAAAGUAGCUGACUUUUUGGCUUGUAGCUUUCGGUUCUCUUUUUCUUUUGGGGAAUUUAUCGUGUAUUUUCUUUGCAAGGAGAAAAUGUAGUUUGUGCCUAACUAGUCUAGGGUUCUUACACUAUGUAUAUAUAUAGGAUGUGUAAUUGCACUUUUUUUAAUGUUCUUUUGUAAUUUGGUAAAGUUUGCACAAUGAGCAUGAUGAGAGUUUUGUGCUUGUUGCGAUUUUAUGUUGCUGUUAUUAAAUGGUAGUACCAUUUUUGAGGCUA